AUGCAGCGAAGAGACUGUGUCACGUGAAAAGGCUCAGCUCAGGGCAGGGUUGCCAGCAAAGGGGAGCGUGAGUUCCGGUUAGUUUGUUUUUAUUUCCGUUGUUAUCAGAGGCUGGCAGAGUGAGUGCGCUUUGAUAGGGAUAGGACUGUGUGUAUGGUCAGGGUCGCGCGCAUGUUUCUCCCGGCCGUGGGGUGGUGCUGGCUCGUUCUGGUGCACACGUGGUUCAGUUGGGGAACGAUUGGGUGUACUAAAAGAGGGAUGUUGGUUCUCUCUGUGGUCCACUGGGGGAGAGAACUCGGAGGCUUUCGGGUGAGUGACCGUGUGCUAAAAUCAGGGGGAUAUCCUGGCUCGGCUAUCUGGCUGGCUGGUCGGAGCCUGUGCUCCAGUUGGUGUUCCGGUUUAGGGUCGUGCUGUUGUUUUUGUAUAAAUUUGUUACUUAAUGCUUUAAAUAUAUGUGCAGUGAGAGUAUACUUUUUCUUUUUGAUUUAAUCACUAUUAGCCACCUUUUAUCUUCGUGAAGAUAAUCGUGAAAAAGGAGGAAAUCGCGUCGCGGAAACGGAUUUUCCUGCGGUGGAUCCAAAAGAGCCCUGGAAAUUGCACGAGAGGUGGGGCAGGUGGCAAGUGAAGAUAAACGGAAAACCAAAAGUGAAAAUGAUUGGCAUUGAAUGUAGCAGGUGGAAAUUGGGGAGGAGGAAAAUCUGUUGAAGAUGAGCUGGUGAACGGUUUUCCAUCUCGGUUGUGCUGGUAGUGACAGCGAAAAUUGGCCCUGUUGGAUGCUGGCGAAGCACUGGAGGAUGUCGUGAAUGAAGUUUCUCGAGUGCGAACGCGUAGAAGAUUGCAAUGAGCUGGAAUAGGACCAUCGUGAAGCGGCAGAAGGAGCAGCAGCAUCAAUCAGAUAGAAUUGGAUUCAGUGAAAAGCAUCCAGUGGUUUUCGGUUGAAGAAUUGUGAGUGUGGGCCCCAGCCAAAGCCGUGAAGCAAUCUGCCCGUCUGAGGCGAGAAGUUUGUGGGAUUUUUCCGAAGAGUUCUGGUGCCCUGACUUGGAGUGCUGUGCAGAAGAACCCAGGGCCACAAAAUAAGUGUGAAGCUGAAGAUAAAAUUGAAAAUUGCAAAAUCUUAGAAAACUGAUCAGUGGGAAAUUUUCGCUUGUUGGAAAAUCUGUGGGAGUGAAAAACGAGCCAUGUGAAAAGUGUGCAGCACACAGGAAAAAGCGUGAGCGUUAGCCCGAAAAGUGAGCAGAGCUGGAGAGCCAAGGCUCUGGAAGAUCGAAGCAGGAGCAGAGUCAAGAGCUGAGAGCGUGGUGCAGUUCGUGUUUGGAAGCCCCUGGAGUUUGUCGGAAGAAACAAGGGCGCCUGCCGUGAGUGAGUGUCGUGCGUUCGAUAAAUUCUCACAUUCGCACGGUGUGUAUGAGCGGGAUUGAAUCCGUAUCCCAAUCAGCGACAAUGUGUCGUGAAUCCGGAGUGAUUAGUGAUAAUGAUCGAUUUCGAAAAAGUGAUCGCAUCCAGUGAAUCGGCACAAUCCAAAAUAUCCGAAGCUAAACCGGAACCGCCGAAUUCCAUGGCCAAUAACUGAGGCGUAGAAAUCGAUUCGAAAACCACCAAAACGUGAAAAAUAUCGCACAUCAAACAUCCCGUGUGAGUGUUGCCGAAAGCCAGCAGUGAUAGGACGAAACCCUGUGGCCAACAUUCGGUAUUUCCAAUGUGCAUUUUCACUCGAUCGAACACAUCCGGUGACAGUGGCUGCAAAUCCACCAGCACCACCACCAUCAUCAUCAGCAGUCGGAGUAGCGGCACUAGCAACAGCAGCAGCAGCAGCAGCAACACCGACCCGAGGGCGAUAAUUAGCGCCGGAAAUAUAAGACCCAGCGGAAAUAGUUGUUGCUGGAACAGUCGCCGGUACCGGAGCGGUGGUGAUAGAAUCGAUUGGAGUUCGCGCUUCCAUCGACCGUCAUUGCCUGGGUCAGUUCGGUCUAAGUCAUGAAAGCAUCACCAGGUGGAAGGGGAUUGCUAUGCGAACCGGAACAACUGGCGAGCUGAAGGACAAAACCAUCAUCAUCGCCGGUGGACGGGGAAGGCAGCAGGAUAUCGAGUGACAUUGAGCCAAUAGAGCGGAAAGAGAAGGUGCGCGCUGAACGAACGUGUCGCCAGAGGUGGCGGAGCCAGGAAUUAUCUCUUGUUGACUGAUACACAGACUACAGGCACUACUACUCGUAGGUUUUCGAUACUGGCACUGGUCUAGAAAUAUACAUUUAGACACGCAAAACCACGUACUGCCACGCUUCGAUCCGUCUAGGCAACUUGGAAUUGGUCCCCGGAUCUCUAUUAACACGCCUUAGAGAGAGAGAGAUAGAGACGGAGAUACACCCAUAAACACACUCACGCUCACCGAGUAGCACCUACAGGCUGACUCCAGUUCCGUUUUCGUGAACCAAAAGUUGGCGGAAAGUAGUAAAGCUCACUCACGCACGAAAAGAUCUCGUACUCGGACAUUUCAACGGAAUAGAAUAUUCAUCCCACAGCAAAGCUCGAAAUUCGAAACGUAGCACUCAUCGAACAGCUAUGCGAAUAAAUAUCUAAAUCUCUCAACCGAUAAACUCGGAUGAAUAAUUCGUUUGAGAGUUGUACAGUAAAUCAUAAUUGGAUUAAAAAGUAAUUGAUAUUGAUUAAUGAUAAAAACAAUGACAAGCAUAGUAUAUUACUCGUAAACAUUGAAAUAAUACGUUUCAUAAACAAAGACAAGUUUGCUGCAAUUCAAUAAUAAUAAUAUCAAUAGUACUUUAACAAAUUUUCAACCAAUUGAAUUAAUAUUAAUAAAAGAUAACCAUAAAGGAACAGGAAGUUUAAUCCAUCUUAAUAAUAAAGCAAAAUAGUUCGAAUAAUAUGUUUGGAAAACUCAAUAAUAAACAGACAAACUUAUCAAUGAAAAAUAAACAUCAACUAAUAGCAUAUUGUUAUUAAAAGUAUUUAGAAAGCGACUCAUCUCUACUUAAGGACACAAGUAAUAAUAUCAGUAGCAUAAAACUAACAAAUUAAAAUAAAACCGGAACCGGAAACCGAAGAAAGGAAAAAAACAACUAACAGACAUUCGCUUGGAAGAGCGUUCGACCAUCAACCAGAAGCAAAACAACAGCAAACAAAACAACAAUAAAAGAACGCAACCCCUGUGGAACAAACCUGCAACACUGACUCGAAAGAAGAGGACAGGAAAACUCAAAAUCCGUAGUUCAGAUAAAAAAAAAGUCUUGCUCUCUCGUUCAUCCGCAUCUUCAACCAUAUCGUUAUCGUCAUCCGUCAUCAUCAUCGUCGUCGUCGUCGUUGUUGGUCGUCAUCAUCUCCAGUAGUGUCAUCGUCGUCGUCGUCUUCGUCAUCGUAUUCGUGAACAUCAUACCACCCUAAAAAAACCUGCGCAGCCGGAAUGAAGAAAAUCCUGGUGAUAGUGAUCAAGAUGAUCAAAAUGAUCUCCAAGAUUAUCAUGCUCAGCCGGUAUCACAACUUUCGGUGCUACAAGCAGCUACGGCUGUACAAGUGGAUCAUCGUGUUAACGCUGAUCGUCAACUCGGUGAUGGAGUGUCAGGCGGGAUACAACGAGAAGCGGUUGCUGCACGAUCUGCUGGAUACCUACAACACCCUGGAGCGGCCGGUGGUCAACGAAUCCGACCCGCUGCAGCUCAGCUUCGGACUGACGUUGAUGCAAAUCAUUGACGUGGACGAAAAAAAUCAACUGCUCGUUACGAACAUAUGGCUGAAGCUAGAAUGGAAUGAUAUGAACUUAAGGUGGAACAUAUCGGACUAUGGUGGUGUCAAAGAUCUACGAAUACCACCGCAUCGAAUUUGGAAACCAGAUGUUUUGAUGUACAACAGUGCUGAUGAAGGCUUUGAUGGCACAUAUCCGACGAACGUAGUCGUGCGUAAUAAUGGUUCUUGUUUAUAUGUGCCACCAGGAAUCUUCAAAUCAACAUGUAAAAUAGAUAUAACGUGGUUUCCAUUUGACGAUCAAAGAUGUGAAAUGAAGUUUGGUAGUUGGACAUAUGAUGGUUUCCAGCUGGAUUUACAGCUGCAAGACGAAGCGGGUGGGGAUAUUAGUAGUUUCGUGACGAAUGGGGAGUGGGACCUGCUGGGCGUCCCGGGGAAACGUAACGAAAUCUACUACAACUGCUGUCCGGAGCCUUACAUCGAUAUCACAUUCGCCAUCAUCAUCCGGCGGCGGACGUUGUACUAUUUUUUUAAUUUGAUCGUCCCGUGCGUGCUGAUAGCGUCGAUGGCACUGCUCGGAUUCACACUACCGCCAGAUUCCGGAGAAAAGUUAUCAUUAGGUGUAACAAUUUUAUUAUCAUUGACUGUAUUUUUAAACAUGGUUGCUGAAACAAUGCCAGCCACGUCGGAUGCUGUUCCACUUUUAGGCACAUAUUUUAACUGCAUCAUGUUUAUGGUUGCAUCAUCCGUUGUUUCGACAAUUUUAAUUUUAAAUUAUCAUCAUAGAAAUGCGGACACACACGAAAUGUCUGAUUGGGUUAGAAUCAUAUUUUUAUAUUGGCUGCCAUGUAUUUUAAGAAUGAGCCGACCGGGUAGAUCCUUAUCAGUGGAAUAUCCACCAACGCCAACGUCGGAUAGUUCCGAACGGAAAACGCACAUACAGGACGUCGAACUGAAAGAGCGAUCAUCGAAGUCGUUACUAGCGAACGUAUUAGAUAUAGAUGAUGACUUUCGUCACAACUGUAGACCACUAACCCCCGGAGGUACACUGCCACAUAAUCCAACGUAUUUCAGGACUGUUUAUAGUAGCGAUGAUGGAAGUAUGGGACCGAUCGGAAGCAAUCGAAUGCCAGAUGCAAUCGCGCCACCACACACGUGUUUCACAUCAUCCGCUGAUUACGAACUAGCUUUAAUAUUAAAAGAGAUACGUUUUAUCACCGAUCAGAUACGGAAGGAGGACGAGGACAGCGACGUCGCGAAGGAUUGGAAAUUCGCAGCAAUGGUAGUUGAUAGAUUGUGCCUUAUAAUUUUCACGUUUUUCACAAUAGUAGCAACCAUAGCUGUUCUAUUUUCGGCUCCACACAUCAUCGUUUCGUAGCCAUAUGGAAAAGGUUAUUGUUAUUGGUUUUAUCAUAAAAUCAAUUUGUUAUUCAUUAAAUUAUUGUCGAGACUUUUUAAAUAAAUUCCAAACCAGACACUGAGAGAAAACGUGUGUGAGCCAAAAAAAAAAAAAAUAAAAAAAAUGAGAAGGUAGUGUGUAAUCCGAGUAAUACGAAAAACCAAAAAGUAAAACAAAGCGGAACAGCGAAAUGGUGCUGCGUUAGGACGGAACAAAAGAAAAUAAGAAAUACUCAAAUCAAGAAAAA